AUGCUGAUACAAGCGAGGAGAACGAGCACAGGUGACGGUGGGUGUCAAUGGAUUGCUCAGGCUGUUGCUGACAAACUCCGGACUGGGCCCUUUGAUGAACCCGAGUAUUUGGCUUUGAAGGACAUUUUGAGCGCUGCACUCGGAGAGGAGAAGUAUAUUAUUUGAACGUUGCUAGAUGUACUGGGUUAGAUAAGAUUUAGUUUCAGACCACUUACUUUGUUUUGGAUCUAUUUUCGCUUCCAUCUGAUCGCCCUUUGAUGAAAGAUACAGAAAGAACAACGCUUGAUCUUUACCGGGUUAUUUCAUUAAAUACUGCACAAUAUUCAGCGCUGCAACUCUCGAGAAGUUCAAAGAGCUUUUCCAAAAUGUGGCGCCUGUUUCGCCACAAGUGGGGGAAUUCUACUGGGAUUCCGGAGAGUGCUCUUAAGGAUUCAGUGUCGCAAAGUUCUUGCUGUUAUCUAAAUAUAAAUUUAGAAUAGACGACGCAUUCGUCACCUCGCUUUGUUGUGAUUGUGGAAAUGAACCAUGUAACUUUUUAGGGAUUUCCUUGAGUGUCUUUCUUGCACUGAUAUCAUGCUACUCCAUAGAGGCUCGGGUGGCGGGUGAGCGAAUUAACCCUAGAAAUUUUAUGUUGCUUGCGGUAGGACCAUGCUUCCAAAUCCCUAUUUCAACUGCCAACUGAGUAAUUGAAUGAGGGCAGUGACUUCUAAUCAAACACGGCAAAGAUCGUGUUUAAAAUUGAAAAGGAGACUGGAAAUAUCGUUUUUGACACAACGAAGCUUGGGGAC